AUGCAGCGCCCCAACUACAGCAACCCGCCGCCCGCGCACUCGCCCCCCCUCCACCACCCCAUCCCCCAGCAUGUCUCGACAGUCCCCCAACUGCGGUCACCGCCGCCCCCGCAGCCGCCCUCGCAGCCCCAGAGCGGAUAUGGAUACGGCCAGCAGGGCGGCGGCAUGCCCCAGCAGCCGGCCUACAGCAUGCACCCCUCGUUUGGCGGCUUCAUCAACGACCCCACGGCCCAAUUGGGCUUCCAGAUGGGCAAGAGCGCCGUGGAUGCCGGCCAGCAAUACGUCGAGCAGAAUUUUGGCCGCUUCGUAUCCGUUUCCGCCCUCAAGCACUACUUCAACGUGACAAACUCGUAUGUCCUCACCAAACUGCGCAUCAUCCUCGUGCCGUGGUGGCACCGCCCGUGGUCCCGCCAGCAGCGCCAUGGCACCGACCCUGCAGCCUCGGCCGCCCUGCUCUACCAGCCGCCUCGCGAAGACGUCAACUCGCCCGACAUGUACAUCCCCACCAUGGCUCUGGUGACAUACAUCCUGCUCUCGACACUGCUGGCAGGCCUGAGGGGCGCGUUCCACCCGGAGCUGCUGGGCUAUACCGCAACCCUGGCCAUUUCCGUCACCCUGCUCGAGAUCCUCAUCAUACGCACCGGCACCUUCCUGCUCGCCAUCAACAACUCUUCGCAGCUCCUCGACCUCGUUGCCUACAGCGGCUACAAGUUUGUCCACGUCAUUGUGUCCCUGCUCCUGUCGCACUUUGCUGCCUGGCUUGGCUUUGGCAGCACACUCGUCACCUGGGUCAUUUUCCUCUACUGCUUCAGCGCAAACGCCUUCUUCCUCCUCCGCAGCCUGCGAUAUGUCCUUCUCCCAGACCAGACCGGCCAAGGAAACUUUGGAAGCUCUGCCCCCACGGGAUACACGGUUGCCAAGAGCCAGAAGAACAGGAGGACCCAGUUUCUGUUCGUCUACAGCUAUGUCGUCCAGUUUGGCUUCAUGAUGUGGUUGACAAGGGUAUGAGCCUUGUGCCGCCCUAAACCCCCUACAAGUAAGGCCUUGCUGGUCAUCGAGCAUGCCAAGACGUGACCUUGUGCAUAAAGCUGCCUCUGUUUGCUGUGUCGUGUUUGGACGGGUGUCAUGGGGGCAUAUCUUGUCGUAAUAUCAUUCAUUUACAUUGUACGCGUUAAAAGCUAGCGGUAUCAGUUUCCAGCGCACUCAGCCGCUGUCGAGGCCCAAGGUAGGAAAAUGCUCCAUGUAGUAAAAUGCAGAGCAAAUUGAACGCAU